AUGUAUUUGGCAUUUCAGGAAUUGGUGGCAUUUAAAGAUGUGGCUGUGGAGUUUAAUCAGGAAGAGUGGAGGUGCCUGGAUGCAUCUCAGAAAGAACUGUACCAUGAUGUGAUGAUGGAGAACUAUAAGAACUUGGUCUGCCUGGGGCUUGUAUUUAAUAAGCCAGCUGUUAUCUCCCAUUUAGAGGGAAAGGAGGCACCUUGGAUGGCAGAGGGGCAAGUCCAAAGAAACAGCUGCCCAGGUUGGGAGAUCAGACCUGUAAACAAGAAGCCAAUUACAAAAUUGGGCAUUCCUGUGGAAGAAUCAUCUCAGGAAACUCUCACAACUCUUUGUCCUUAUGUUUCUAAUUUGGGAGAAUCUUGGGAUUAUGAAACCAAGUUAGAGGGGGAGAAAAGUGAUGAGGAGAAAACUCAUCAAAGAAAGAUCAUCCAAAGGAAACCACAGAGUAAAUUGAGAAGCCAUGAACAUAAUAAAUAUGGUCAAAUCUUUGCUGUAAGGCCAAUUCUUUUUCUACAACAGAGAUUCCUCAUAGAAAAGAAUCUUCCCCGAAGUGAUGCACAUAGAAAGGGAUUUAGACUCUAUUCAGAUCUAAGAAAAUAUAAUGAAAUUUGCUCAAAGAAGAAAUUUUCUAAGUAUAACAUAAGAGGGAAAUAUUUCAGUUAUCAUUCAGACCUUAUUGAAUAUCACAGAAUGCAUACUGGAAAGAAACAUCAUGAAUGUGGAAAAGCCACAUUAUGGAAAAAACAACUUAUUCAACAACAGAGAAUUCAUACUAUACAGAAACCUUAUGCACAUAUUGAAUGUGGGAAAGCCUAUAAGAGAACACAACUUAUUCAACAUUUCAAAAUUCUUACUGGAGAGAAACUUUGUAAACACAGAGAAUGUGGGAAAACUUUUCAACAGAGUAUAUACCUUGCUUACCAUCAGAAAAUUCAUACUAGAGAGAAAUCCUAUACAUGUAAUCUAUAUUCUCCCAAUAAGAGAAUUCACACUGGAGAAAAUCUUCAUGAGUAUAAUGUGUGUGGAAAGGCCCUUCACUGGAGCACCAAACUUAUUAGACCUCAAGAAAUUCAUACUGUAGAGAAACAUGAUUCCAAUGAAUGUGGGAAGACUUUCAACCCAAAUUCACAUCUUACUCAACAUCUGAGGAUUCAUAAUGGAGAAAAACUUUAUAAAUGUAAUGAAUGUGGAAAGAUCUUGAAUUAUAGUUCAUCCCUUACUUCUCAUCUUAGAGCUCAUACUGGAGAAAAACCUUAUCGGUGUAUUGAAUGUGGCAAAGCCUUUGGUAAAAGGACACAGCUUAUUCAACAUUGGAGAAUUCAUACUGGAGAGAAACCUUAUGACUGUAAUGAAUGUGGAAAGGCAUUCCGUCAGAGCUCACAGCUUACUCGACAUCAGAAAAUUCAUACAGGAGAAAAACCUUUUGAAUGUGAUGAAUGUGAGAGGGCCUUCCGCCAGAGAUCACAGCUUACUUACCAUCAGAGAAUUCAUACUGGAGAAAAACCUUAUGAAUGUAAUGAAUGUGGUAAGGCCUUCUGUCAAAGCACUGAACUUACCCAACAUCAUAAAAUUCAUACUUGUGAGAAACCUUUUGAAUGUCAUGAAUGUGGUAUGGCCUUUCGCCUGAGUACUGGACUUACUCGCCAUCAGAAAAUCCAUACUGGAGAGAAACCUUAUGAAUGCAGUGAAUGUAGGAAGGCCUUCUGUCAGAGAGCAGAACUUACCAUACAUUAUAGAAUUCAUACAGGAGAGAAACCCUAUGUGUGUAAUGAGUGUGGAAAGGCCUUCCACCAGAGCUCACAAUUAACUCGACAUCAGAAAAUUCAUACAGGAGAGAAACCUUAUAAAUGUAAUGAAUGUGGAAAAGCUUUCCGCCAGAGCUCAGAACUUACACGACAUCAGAAAAUUCAUACAGGAGAGAAACCUUUUGAAUGUAAUGAAUGUGGGAAAGCCUUCCGCAGAAGAUCUCAGCUUACUUACCAUCAGAGAAUUCAUACUGGAGAAAAACCUUAUGAAUGUAAUGAAUGUGGGAAGACCUUCUGUCAGAGUACAGAACUUACCCAACAUCAUAGAAUCCAUGCUAGUGAGAAACCUUUCAAAUGUCACGAGUGUGGUAUGGCUUUUCAUCUCAGUGCUAUACUUACUCGCCAUCAGAAAAUCCAUACUGGAGAGAAACCUUAUAAAUGUAGUGAAUGUGGGAAGGCCUUCUGCCAAAAAGCAGAACUUACUGUACAUUAUAGAAUUCAUACAGGAGAGAAACCUUAUGUAUGCAAUGAAUGUGGGAUGGCCUUUCGACAGAGCUCACAACUGACUCCACAUCUCAGAAUUCAUACUGGAGAGAGACCUUAUAAAUGUAAUGAAUGUGGAAAGGCCUUCAAUCGCAAUUCAUCCCUUGUUUCCCAUCACAGAAUUCAUACUGGAGAGAAACCUUAUCAAUGUAAUAAAUGUGGGAAGACCUUCCGCCAGAGUACAGGACUUACCCGACAUCAGAGACUUCAUAUAGUAGAUAAAUCUAAUGAAUGUAAUGAUUAAAGGAAGGCUUUCCUACAAAGUAAACAUCUUACUUAACACUAGUUCACAGUGAAAUGAAGACUUAUGAAU